AUGUUUGCCCGAGGAAGAAUCGAUCAGUCCAGUAACCCUCAUUCGCAGUUUUUUUCAGAAUCACAGAGCCUCCGACGAGGAAAACACCCUCCUCACGAUUCCGACUCCAUUUCACCAUAUGAUAACCCAAACUCAUCUGAGUCCAUCCUAAGCGAUGAAAGAUCUAUAUACAAUGCGAUCAGAGUCACCACACCAAAUGAUUCCAGCCCUCGUUUCUAUGCAUCUCUCGCCCAUGAGAACCCCGUUCACGAGCAAGGCUUAGCGGUAAACAUGGCCCGAUUCGUUCCUACAGAUUCACAGGAUGACCAUACUCCUACCGAUGUGCAAGCCAGGCGAGGAAGACCACAGAAAACCGUAGGAAAGCUUGGGAACCACACCAAGCUGUUGUCCGACCAGUACUGGCAAGCCACACACCGGUCGAGACCUGCUUUGAGUAGAACGACAUCGAUACCAAACUCCGGUCGAUCUUUGCAUCGCAAGGCUGUUUCCCUCGGUGAUAGUAGUAUCCGCAGGCCUAGAUGGCCUGGGAGCUUGGGACCUGCAGUAACAACCGUCCAACCUCGAUAUCCACCACCAGAAAGAACGCCUACGCCCCCUGGCCUUCCCUCCUUCGGCACAUCAGAGGCCGUGAGCAUCUCUGCCCGGUUCAUGAUCCCAGACAACAGUGCACGGUCUCCCGUCAACCUGCAAGGUGGUGGUCCUGCUAGCCAGCGUGGCAGUUCGUAUGGCGACACCUUAAGAAGAUUAUUUGGCUUGCCGUCUUCUGCGUCUCAUGCUGGUGUGAUUUUCGUUAAUGGUAUAGGAAGACCCGAAGAUGGUACGUUGGUACAGGGCCGGUUCCCCCAUCGACAAAGUGGCCAUGGAAUGAACAUUGGUCGACAGCUACAUGAACACCCUUUCCAUCAACGCAAUCUUCCCAUUGCCCCCCACGAAGCCACAGAUACAAGUUAUGAUCCUUAUAUUGAAGCUGCACAGAUAAAGGGUGGUCUUGGGCGAAGCCCAAGCAGGCGUGCCCAGCCUCUGGCCAGGUCGCCGUCUAGUCGAUGUUUCCCCUUUCCAUCUAGCCCGACCCCUGCAGUGGUAAACCGCUCACCGCGGCCCAGAACCACAGCACUUCUCAGCUUGUCGCGCAAUUUGGCAGGAUCAGAUGGUCCUGCGGAUACAGCGGAAUCUUCUGCCCAAGGGACGAGGGCAACUGGAGACCAUCUCCCUCCCAAUCCAUCACGGUUGCAUUCUGUUUUGACGAUGGCUGGCUGCGGCGGCGGCGGCGGCGGCGCAGAUGAAAGCUCUCACGCAAGCACGCCUGUCUAUCCGGACGUUUUGUCGUGGGUGAAAUCCCAGACUUGCCUUUGCCUCUGCUGCUGCCCGGGCAGCGCUGAGGAACCGGAUGAUUCUCUCGGAGCAACCAGCUCGCGGGAAACAUAUGUAACCGCCCAGAGCCAGGUAUCGCCUGCUGGAUCUCACAAUGAAAACAGUGAGGAGAAUACUCGUCUCCAUGGCUUCCAGGCAUGGAUCUCGUCUCUGUACGGUGUCAUGUUCCCGACCCUUGUGAACCCAGCCGCUGUAUAG